AUGGCAGACGAUGGCAUGUUUCUGAACUUUGCUGUGGAUGCCGACCUCAACACCAGCGCGCAGAAGUUCAAAGGUGGAUCAUGGAGAGACCGGCUCAAGGCGAAAAGGUCCGCCCACCGAGUCCGAUCGGGGAGACCAGGCGACGCAAACAGUGUUCCGAUCAGCCAACGGCGUCCGAACGAUCAUUCUGCGCAUUUGACCGAAUUUCCAGAUGGCCGGCCGGCCAAGAGGAGACGUGAGAACGGGUAUGCGCCUAAUCAUACGGACGGAGAAGGCAAUGCGCAGAGACGCAGUGAGCAGAAGCCUACGGGCCCUCGCGAAGUGAUUUCCUCUUUGUUUACCUACAAUCCCAAGCCCUCAACCGCUGUGGGGGAAUCCAAGGACGUACAGGAAGAAGAGAAGCCAACCGCUCCCUCCAAUGCUCCUCUGGUCGACGGCAUCGACACUUUCACCUCCCUCGGCCUUUCGCCCACGCUUUCCGCCCACCUCUUGACCAAAAUGAACCUGAAGAACCCCACGGCGAUCCAGAAGGCGGCGGUCUCGCAGAUGUUGAAAGAAGACAAUGAUGCAUUUAUACAGUCCGAGACGGGAUCCGGGAAAACACUCGCAUAUCUCCUGCCAAUAGUCCAAAGAAUAAUCACAAUGUCGGAGCAGCGGAAGAUUCAACAGGCCACGGCCCACGACGCAUCGCUGCACCGUGACUCCGGGCUAUUCGCCAUUAUACUCGCGCCGACACGAGAAUUAUGCAAACAAAUAUCGGUGGUCCUUGAGCGCUUGCUAGGUUGUGCGCGGUACAUUGUCGCUGGAACAGUGAUUGGCGGGGAGAAGAAAAAGUCCGAAAAGGCACGACUACGUAAGGGCCUGAACAUUUUGGUUGCAACUCCUGGCCGGCUUGUCGAUCACCUCGAGAACACCAAGGCUCUCGAUGUCAGCAAUGUUCGGUACCUCGUCCUCGACGAGGGCGAUCGGUUAAUGGAUCUCGGGUUUGAAGAGGACAUUACCAAGAUCGUCAAGACUCUGGACCAGAAGAAGAGGAAGAGCAGCAGGCCUGGUCUUCCUGAAAACCGAAUGACCGUGCUCUGUUCCGCAACGCUGAAGAUGAACGUCCAGAAGCUGGGUGAGAUCAGUCUCAAGGAUGCCGUCCUGAUCAAAGGCGACCCAGGCAGCACCGACGACCAAGGGACAAACGGCACCACCCCUGACGGGCCCGACUCGGCCUUCCUCGCUCCAGCACAACUAAAACAGACCUACGUGGUUGUCGCGGCCAAGCUGCGACUGGUGACGCUGACGGCGUUGCUGAAGCGGACAUUUGCACGCAAGGGGUCGGUCAUGAAAGCCAUUGUCUUUGUCUCGUGCGCGGACUCGGUCGAGUUCCACCACAAGGUGUUUACAAGAGCCUCGGAAAAUGAAAAAGUGGACGAUUCGAAAGCGACAUCUACUACAACCGCAACCAAAACUGAGGCUGAUGGAGAAGCCUCAUCCUCUGAUUCUGCCGAAGCAGACACUAAAGACGCUAAAAAACGCUCGACAUCGACCACCACCACUACUGCCACGACACCCGAUUCAUCAGACUCAAUAUCGCCCUCCCCAAUCCUCUCAUCUCCCAACAACAACGUCACGCUCUACAAACUGCACGGCUCACUCCCCCAAGCGACCCGGACAAACAUAGUCAAGCACUUCGAGCAGACGACGGCGCCAUCACUCCUGAUCGCCACGGACGUGGCAUCGCGCGGACUCGACCUGCCUAAUCUCGACCUAGUGAUCGAGUACGACCCGGCAUUCAGCUCCGACGACCACCUUCACCGAAUUGGACGCACGGCACGCUUGGGCCGCGACGGACGCGCCAUCAUCUUCUUGUUGCCGGGCAAAGAGGAAGGCUACGUCGACGUCCUGAAGAGCUCGUACAAGCGAUCCUCGUCCUCGGAAAACGCCACCGACACCUCUCGCAACGUCACGGCAUCGACGGCCGACGAGGUUCUCAAGAAGGGCUUCUCGCCUCUGACGGGCGUGGUUGCGACCAAAACCAGCAAAGCUGGUCAAGACUGGGAAGCCCGCGCCACCGAGUUCCAACUCGACGUUGAGCGCUGGGUCCUGUCUAGUCCGGCGCACAAAGAACUGGCCAAGCGUGCCUUUCAGAGCCAUGUCCGCGCCUACGCCACCCAUGUCGGCGCCGAGCGGAAAUGGUUCGAUAUCAAAGAUUUGCAUCUCGGCCAUUUGGCUAAGGCUUUUGGGCUGCGUGACCCCCCUGGCCGGGUCAAUGUUGUUGGUCAGAGAGGUGGUGGCGGUAGUGGUGGUCGUAGAGCUGUUAGUGGUAGUACAUCGCAACAAGCCCGAACCAAAGGAGACUCGGGCACUGCUGCUACUGGCGGGAAACGUGAUGCUGACUUGGAUGACACGGGUGACGCGGACGAGGCGGCCAGGAAAAUGCGCGAGAAGAUCCGCAAGAACAAGUUGAUGGUGUUGGGAGGUGGUGCUGACGAAUUCAAUAUCGCUUGA